AUGUUCUACGCCCAUGAUGAACCCACCUACAUUCAGUCGCAGGUGGACAAUCUUAUGCCACAUAUAUAUGUCCAGCACAGUGAUGGACGGGUUGAACAUCUAGAGAAAGAUACGCCGGACCAAAUCGCGAUUUCUUGUCGGCUGAAGGCUUGUUCAGCAGGUGAGCCAGAUCCUAGUUUCGUGUUCCACAUGUGUGCCGGAAAGCCGUUCAAGGACCAGCCGGAGCUGAUAUGGCAUGUCUACGGCGAGAAGGGUCAAUUGGAGAUUACCUGCGAGAGUGCAGGUCUCCAGAUGGUCUUUCCGGUCACGGUCAAGAAAUACGAUCAUGCCACCGAGUCAGUGGAACUCAUUGUCAAGAGCUCGCAGCUGGAUGAUGGCUUCUGGGCUGACCUUCCGAGACGGGCUAGGAACGUAGGAAGGCUAUACGAGGCAUACGCUUUCAAUCGACCGUACGGGGACUGGGACUUGGCUCUCCAGCGUCACAAGUUGCUUGAUAAUAUUCAAAGGAAUCAAGUCAAGUAA